AUGACAGAAAACAGCUCUGUUUUUAAUUCUUUUUAUUGGCGUGCUGUUGACUCGUUGUUUGUUGAUUAUGUGCUUGAUAUUAUCGCCGAGGUAUCUUUUUGUAUUUUUCUGCCGGGGAUGGGCCAGAUUGGGAAGGGCGGUACGAGGGUGGGACUUGGCGUUGGAGUUUUGGAACAUCAAAGAUGGACAGGGUUUUCGCGGAGGUCGCUCCUCAGAUAUCUCCACAACUACAGAUCGGGGAUCUUCCAAAAUCGAGAAGAUUGGUGCAUACGGCUAGGUCUCUUCACCUUACAAUUUGUAUGGCAAUUUGGCCCGGGGUUGUGGUGUGGUAGGGGAGAAUGGGGGAUAAUCCCACGCAGGAGUUCUGAACGACGUCUGGUUCACAUUUGGCUGGAUAACUCCACCACCACACGGGGUAUGCGGUCGGUGAUGGGGUCAAAAUGCUCGUAUGAUCGAGGGCUUUUCGAUGGAUCUAUCGGCGGGUUCUUAUUCGAAAAAUCAAGCGAGUUCGUGGUGGAGCGGUCGUUGAUGUGA